UGGUCAUGGAAAAUUAGGUAAAGCUCAUGGAGAAGUCAUGGAGAAGUCAUUGAUGGAAAAGUGUAUGAACCCUGGAUUAUGUAAUGUUCACUUCUCUGUAUUAUACCACCUAACUUCCUUAACUCACGUGACUUCAGACUCUGCUGUGCUUUUUGUUCAGGCCAUCUUUUCUGCCAUCUUUUCCACCCCUCUUAAUCCUGUCCUGGGCAGUGCCGUGUUCGUCACCUCGUACACCAGACCUGUCAAAUUCUGGGAGAGAGACUACAACACCAAGCGCGUCGAUCAUUCCAACACCAGACUUGCCACUCAGUUAGAUCGCAACCCAGGUGCUGACGACAACAAUCUGAACUCUAUUUUCUACGAGCACCUGACGCGCUCCCUGCAGCACAGCCUGUGUGGAGACCUGCUGCUCGGCCGCUGGGGGAACUACACCACAGGCGACUGCUUCAUCCUCGCCUCAGACUACCUCAACGCUCUGGUGCACAUCAUCGAGAUCGGAAACGGCCUGAUCACCUUCCAACUGAGAGGGCUCGAGUUCAGAGGUCAGCAGCAGGGGAUGAUGGGGGGGGUUGACCAUAUUUUGAAGCUUGUAAAAUGGAACAUGACUUUGAUCCUACACCUCAGCUUCUCUCACAGUUUCUUUUUCUAUGUUUUUUCCUCUCACAUCAGGUCACUGGUCCGGUCUAAAUUAUUCCCUGAGCUGGAGAACCGAACCCCAGAAGAGCCCCCUGUGGAGAUCAAGGACCCUCUUCCUGAGAAGCUGCGUAACUCUGUGAAAGAGAUUCUUCACUCAGACCUCGUCAUGUGUCUCCUCAUGGCUGUGAUCACCUUCGCCAUCAGUGCCAGCACAGUGUUCAUCGCUCUUCAACCGGCUCUCAGCGUUGUCUUGUACAUCCUGGCAGGAGUGGUAGGCUUCAUUACUCACUAUCUCCUGCCUCAGCUCCGUAAGCAGCUGCCGUGGUUCUGCCUGGCUCACCCUGUGCUCCGCUCCAGAGAGUACAGUCAGUUUGAAGUCCGAGAUGCUGCCCAGUUGAUGUGGUUUGAGAAGCUGUAUGCCUGGCUUCAGUGUGUGGAGAAAUAUGUCAUCUACCCAGCUGUGGUGCUUAACUCCCUGACGACAGAAGCUCGAGCUGUGGGACAGAACCACAAAGAGCUGGACAUCUACAGUCGAGCUCUCUUCAUCUCAGUUGCCGGCAUGAAGCUGAUGCGCUCGUCGUUCUGCGCCCCGUCGCAGCAGUACGUCACGCUGUGCUUCACCACACUGUUCUUCCGAUUCGACUAUCCACACUUCUCAGAGACCUUCCUAAUCGACUACUACUUCAUGUCCAUUCUCUUCAGCAAGAUGUGGAUCUGCUGAUACAAGCUGCGCUUCGUGUUCGAACUACAAUCGCCCUGGCAGAUAACCCUGGAGGCUCAGCCUUCCACUGCCUACGCACAACCUUCGCCAUGUUCCCCGUAUCCUUUUCUCACCUUUUGAGUUUAUCGUCAAUGGUAAUCAGGCUUGUUGUUUGACGGUCAUUACAAACUGCAAAAGUCAUGGA